AUGAUUGAUAGAUCUGCUUUACGUGACUUUGAGGUGCUCGCAGAUUUGCCCUUACAUCACAAAUCCGCUGCCAGCGAUUCGCCAGCGGUCCGCUUCGGGAUCUCUGACAUCCAGCACGUCACCCUCGUAGAGGGGCCUGGUCACGUGGAAAGUACCACUCCAGCGAACUUCCUUCUUCACCCCCUCAACACGAUCCUCCUCGGUCUCGUCGUCUACGUCGGCUACCAGCUCUUCAAGCCGACCCCUCCCGCCUCCCUCCCCAAGGCCGAGCCCCCGACCGUCUUCCGCACGUUUACGCCGCACACCCUCCUCGAGAACAACGGCACCAACGGGCGGCCCAUCUACCUCGCCAUCCGCGGCCGCGAUCUCGACGCGCCGUUGGACAACCUCGAGGGCCUGGGCGCCGAGGAUAUGGAGACUCUAUCUGGGUGGGAGGAGAGCUUCUCGGGCAACUACCCCGUCAUUGGGAAGUUGGUCUCGGUGGAGGAGUAUAAAACCUUGCAGAAGUAA